AUGUUUUUACAAAAACGGGUUAAUUUAAGAAUUAAUCUAAGAAUUAUCAUUAUUUUCAUAAUAUUUCUACCAUUAUCAACAAAAUCUCAAUCUACAGUAAUUGGACCUCUAACAGAAAAUUUUGUUAGUUGGUUGAUAGCAAAUGGCUAUGAACAAGAUGCUUUUGAUAGACCGGAUAUAGGGCCAAGUGGAAGUUUUGGAGGAAAAAUUAAUUCAGCACAGCAAAUACAAAAAGAACCAGUUAUCUUUAUUCAUGGCACUGGGGAUGCUGCUUUGCAUACUCAAGGCCCCCAAGCAACCGGUUGGACAAGAUCUAUUCAAUACUUUAUGGAACAGAAUUAUACAUCAGCAGAAUUAUAUGCAACUACCUGGGGGGAUACUUGGGGUACAGGAAAUAUUUUUGAUGGAUAUAACACAAUGCAUACUUGCUCUUAUUUGGUUGAUUUAAGGUUUUCAAGGAAUAUUUUUUUUGGAAAUAAAUUUUUGAUAUUUCUUAGACGUUUUCUAGAGGCUAUACUUGCUUAUACUGGUGCUCCAAAGGUUGAUAUAAUAGCACAUUCAAUGGGGGUUGUUUUGGCUAGAAAAGUAAUUAAAGGAGGUGAAUUAAUUGCUACAGAUGGAAAUUGUUCUUUAGGAAUUGCUGGGCCAAAUUAUGGAAUUUGUGUCUGUCAAUUGGCACAAACGGUUCCCGCAUGGUGUAACGCUUUGGAUGGUUUAUAUCCUGGCUAUACAUGUGAAGAUCAAUUACUUUGUGGCUAUACAACAUCUCCUUGUGGGGAACAAGUUAAUUAUUCAGCAUUUUUGGAAAAAUUAAAUAGAAACCCAUCCAGAGAAGCUGAUUAUAUUUUUGCAUUUUGGUCGGAUACAGAUGAGAUACUUCUCUACAAAAGUUUGAGUUGGGGAAAACCAACAGCAAGAAUUCCCGGAAUGAAUGGUAGAUGGGUUUCUGACAGGCUUGGACAUAUUGCAAUGAAAGAUUAUACAGAAUUAAGACAAUUUGAAGCAGUAACAACACAUCGAGUUUAA